AACUCAUCUAUAGCCUCUAGUUGUAGCAGUAGUCAGAUCGAAGAGAGGUGUUGGAUCGAUCAUGGUGGCGAGUAGGCGGAAGAUGGAGAGCGAGGAGGCACGGAAGGUGUGCUUCUCCAAGCGCCGUGCGGACCUCUUCAAGAUGGCGAGCGAGCUGUCCGUUCAUUUCAACGCCGACGUGGCGGCUGUCGUCUUCUCCCCCGCCGGCAACAGGGCCUACUCCAUCGGCGACCCGUCGGUCAUGGACCGCUUCCUGUCGUCGUUGCCGGCGCCGGCGCCGCCGGCGGAGACCGAGCCAGAGCCAGAGGUGGAUUGGUCGGUGAUGGAGGAGCUGAGCAGGCUGUGUGGCCAGCUGCAGGCCAUGGUGGACGCGCACAAGGCGCGCCUGGAGAAGGCGGAGGAGAAGCUUCGCGAGAGCGGCGCGGCGGCGUGGAUGAUGGAUCUGGAGGCGGAGGUGGGUCGCAUGGCGCCGGAGGAUGUGCUGGCCCUGGUGACUAAGCUGGCGGUGCUGCGGGACGGCGUGGCGGAGCGCGCCCACGAGAUGCUGCGCGAGGCGCUGCUCGCUGUCGCUGCCCCGACCCCGACCACCCCCACCACCCCGCCGCCCGCGGGCUUCUGAAUUCGAGAUCUACCACCUCUCCAUGAAAUGCAUCUCCAUGAAGAAUAAACUGAUCUCACAGUCGUCACAGAUCGAGAUCGACCUAGCUUCCCUUUUAUUUUGUAUUAGUCGUCGUCGUUCCAUCGUCGUCCAUGCAUUGAUCGUUGUAUCCGCAGUUUGAAGUUUGCUUUCGCUUCCAUCCAUCCAUGGAGAUUUAGUAUUUUGUAUCCCUGCAUCUUAUUAUGUCCUGUUGCUGUAUCGUCAUCUGCUCAGCGUUUCUUCACCUCCAUGUAUUGGCUGCAGCCACCGGAUGUAAUCAUCUUUAUUUUGAUAAAGAAUUAUGCAUUAGCUA